UCUGCCGAUAAAAAGGGCCACAUCUGCCCGCCUUCAGAUGCUGCACAUCCUCGGGACCGCUGGGAGUCGGCGUUUGUGUACGCCUUCGUCUGUAAGUUUACAAACCUGCGAAGCAAGGUCGAGGGGUUGGAUACACCUAUGGAUUUUGAAGAAGCGUUGCUCUCGGAAGAGCCACAUCCUAUCGUAACUCAGAUCCUGGCGCGUUUCAUCCUGAACUUGAGACCGCAGACGCGUAAUUUGAGUUCGGACGUGAUUUCCUCGACCCUCGCCACCAUCAUGCAUGACUACUUCAAGACGACUGAAAGGACUGUCUUUUGGGACGAGAAUUUGAGGGUCAAUGUGGACCCCUUCUCGCAGAUGGAAAAUGGCUUCUUUGCGGCAUCUUGGGACUUCAAGCUCAAGAUCAUGAGGCAGCUCGUCGAGCUACAACUUUGCCACAGCGCAGAAAUCAAAGCCAUCAUAGACCGUGCGUGGGGCGUCAUCCACAAUAAACACAAGAAGGCAGAGACUACGCCUGCUCCGCCGCCCGCCAAUGACCCCCAAAGCCAGGAGAACUUGCAGCUACAACCUCUAGGCCAGGAUAAGGACCGCAAACGCUACUGGGCUGUAGAUGAUUCACCACGGUUAUACAUCUCAACGAAUCCAUGGAAGAUCACCGCAACGUUCCAAACAAUCUCUUCCACACGAGACGAAUACAUGGCAAUAGUGGAGAAAGUCCAAGAAGUUGCACCUCCUGAACCUAAGGCUGGCGAGCGGAAAUCAAAAUUAGAUACGGCGCACAUUGCUUUGGUCAAAGCCUUACAGGGAAGGAUAGAGGCUAUUGACGCAGAGCUGGCGAGAAUACAGCGUGCGCGGAGGAAAAUAGAACAGCGGAAUCUAUUGAUUGCACAGGCAGAAGUACGAGAGACGCGAACGCGGCGGAGGACCACUCGUCCCGACUAUGCUUACAUGAACGAUCCUGCGAGCGAUCAAGAAGACGAGGAGUACGAGGAUCAGGGCGAGUUCGAUGACAUGACAACCUUUCGAGGAGAACCGUCAAAUCGUCGUGAACCUCCAUCCAUGGGAAGGCGGAGAUCAACGCGGGCUUCCAACGCGGCCAACAACGGGAAGAGGGGCGGUUCCAAUGACGACUGGAAUGAUUGGCGUGAAAAGCGGCGCUCUACACGCCUCGGUGUUCCAGCAGAGCCACAGCCGGACAUGCCUCCACUCAAACGGGCGCGGACGGAUGAUAGUAUCAUCAGCGCGCAUUCCACUGACGGCCAAAGGCAGUCGCCGACUCAAAAUGGCAAUGGCCCGAAGAUCAAGAUCUCCGGCGCAGCAGCAAUAAAGCCUACUGAGACCGCGGUGGAGGCUCUUGCAGGGAAGAAGAAGAGCAAGUAUUGGUUCUACGCCAUUGAGCCCAUCCCCGCUCCACAGCACGAAACUGUACCU